GCCUCCAUGGUACCAUCUCUAUCCAACUACCCCCUCUGGUCGUCUUCUCUGCAUCGAUCCAUAUCGCCUCCUCCCCUAAACCCACGCCACCUUCCGACCUUCGCUUCCUCCCCUCCUCCUCCACCAGGAACCCCACGCACGACGACGCCAUGGACGGCGCGACGAUGAAGGUGGUGCGGAACCUCGACCUGGAGCGGUACAUGGGCCGGUGGUACGAGAUCGCGUGCUUCCCGUCCAGGUUCCAGCCCAAGGGCGGCGCCAACACGCGCGCCACCUACACGCUCUGCCCCGACGGCACCGUCAAGGUGCUCAACGAGACGUGGACCGACGGCCGCCGCGGCCACAUCGAGGGCACCGCCUACCGCGCCGACCCCGCCGCCGACGAGGCCAAGCUCAAGGUCAAGUUCUACGUGCCCCCUUUCCUCCCCGUCUUCCCCGUCGUCGGCGACUACUGGGUGCUCCACGUCGACGAAGGCUACCAGUACGCGCUCGUCGGCCAGCCCUCCAGGAACUACCUAUGGAUCUUGUGCAGGCAAGCGCAGAUGGACGAGGGCGUGUACAACGAGCUGGUGGAGAGGGCGAAGGAGGAAGGGUACGACGUCAGCAAGCUUCGCAGGACGGCGCACCCGGACCCGCCGCCGGAGAGCCAGGAGACCCCCCGGGACGGUGGGCUGUGGUGGAUCAAAUCUCUGUUUGGCAAGUAGGAGAGCUAUCUAUGGUAGCCGCAUUUGGUGCGCCGGACGUGAAGCGAAGGGAAACACAUCUGGUGUUCCAGUUUGCUUUUUUCUUCUUAGGAAAAGUGUUCCAGUUUGCCGUGUACAGUACUGCUUCAGUUCAAUCUAGUCUGUUCGCCGGCUCGCUGCCGAUGCAGAGAAUGUGAAUCUUUGAACGUUUGAAUGUGUUUGUCCGGCAAGUUUGCCUUGUUGGUCUUGGAACUGUAUGAUGCUUUGCUGAAGAAUCUGUGGAGCGAGAUCUUGAUUGUGAUGUACC